AUGGUUGAUUCAUGUAAAUUAUUUAAUAAUUUCAAACCUGUAUAUGAUGGAAAAAAGAAUUUAUAUACAAAAGAAGCUUUGCCUUUUGGACAAGAAAGAGUUGAAUUGGAUGUUGUUAUGCCUGGUGAUUCUGCUGUUGAUAGAAAAUUUAGAGUUGCUUUAAAGUUAGUAAGCCGUGUUUCUUUACAAGCAUUGGAAGAUGCGAUGGCUGGCCGUAUAAGACAAAUCCCACCAGAAUCGGUUCAAGCUAUGGAUGUCAUUCUUCGACAUCUUCCCAGCAUGAAAUAUACUCCAGUUGGUCGUUCAUUUUUCUCUUCACCUCCUGUAGCUUUAGGCGCUCAACACAUUACCGUUUCUGGUGGUCCUGGAGGCGGUGGGGGUGGCGGAGGAGGAGGAGGAGGUCCUCAAGGCGUUGAUAAACUUGGUGGACUUGGUGGUGGAAGAGAAGUUUGGUUUGGAUUUCACCAAAGUGUACGCCCAAGCCAGUGGAAAAUGAUGCUCAAUAUUGACGUUUCUGCAACUGCCUUUUAUCGUAAAAUGCCUGUGAUAAAUUUUAUGGCUGAAGUUUUGGAAUUACCAAUGCAGGCACUUAAUGAUAGAAGAAAUUUAUCAGAUCCUCAACGUGUUAAAUUUACAAAAGAAAUAAGAGGACUUAAAAUUGAAAUUACUCAUUGUGGACAAAUGAGAAGAAAAUAUCGUGUUUGUAAUGUUACUAGAAAACCAGCUCAAUCACAAACGUUUGUUUUUUUAAAAAUUAUUUUUUUGAUUAAUAUUGUUGGGUAUAGGUUAAGUGAAAGAAACGUCGAUUUGAAAGUUUAUAUCCGCGCUCUUAAGCCUCAGGAAUUUGAGGAUGAUUUUGGGUUGAUUACCCGAAGCUUCUUCCUUUUUUUUCGUCCAGAAACCCGAUCUGGAGGAAAUUGUAAAAACCCCAUCCAUAAGAGUUUUCUCAACCCGACCGAUUCUUGUUCGGCCCUUCUCUACUGCUUCUACUGCCGAAAUAUUAAACUUGUUAAACUGGGGAAGGUAGUUUCAUAA